AUGCUGGGCAUUAGGGCUACAGUGGUUUCAAAAGACCUCACCAAAAUACUAUCUCAAAUGGAACAUGCCAUGGAAACCAUGAUGUUCAUGUUCCACAAGUUUGCUGGGGAUAAAGGCUAUUUACCAAAGGAGAACCUGAGAGUACUCAUGGAAAAGCAGUUCCCUGGAUAUCUGGAAAAUCAGAAAGACUCUCUGGCUGUGGACAAAAUAAUGAAGAACCUGGACCUGGACCAGUGCCGAGAUGGGAAAGUGGACUUCCAGAGCUUCUUUUCACUAAUUGCUGGGCUCACCAUCGCAUGUAAUGAGUAUUUUGUAGUAUACAUGAAGCAGAAGAGAAAGAAGUAG